AUGGCUUUCUUCUCCUUCUUCACCUUCUUCACCUUCUUCAGCUUCUUUUUCAUUGCUGCUAGGAUCUCAGAGAGUACAAGAACGUUCACCAUUGUUAAUUCAUGCAAGGAUACAAUAUGGCCUGCCAUCACACCCGGAGGAAACUUUACCGGCAGUGGAUUUUCCCUCAAGCGUGGCCAAUCCACCGUCUACACCAUCCCUGACUCGUGGACCGGUCGGAUAUGGGCACGAACAGGCUGCGACUUCGACAAGGAUGGAAACGGGAAAUGUAAGACCGGUGGCUGUGGGGAAGUGUUGAAUUGUACCGGUCCGGGAAGCCGGCCUUCCACCCUUGCUGACUUUACCCUUGGCUCCAUUGAUUACUAUGAUGUCAGUGUUGUGGAUGGCUUCAAUCUCCCGGUAGCGAUACAGCCGUCGGGUGGCAAAGGAAACUGCAGCUCGGCGGGGUGCGAUGGAGACUUGAGAGACAAUUGCCCACCGGAGCUGGCAGUGAAGGAGGAUGGGAAGACGGUGGCGUGUCGGAGCGCCUGCGACGUGUUCCAUACCGGAGAAUACUGUUGCACCGGGCAGUUUGAUAACCCAAUGACAUGUUUACCGACGAAUUAUUCGAGGAGUUUCAAGCAAGUUUGCCCAGCUGCCUAUAGUUUUGGAUACGAUGAUCCUACAAGCAUCUUGACAUGUUCCUCAGCUGACUAUGUUGUCGCCUUUUGUGCAACAAGGUACCAUUUUUAUUGA